AUGGCAAGACAGGGAGGGUUCUAUGCUGUUCGAAAGGGCAGAGAAACCGGCAUCUUCAACACAUGGGAUGAGUGCAAGAACCAAGUGAAUGGUUAUGGUGGCGCAGUAUUCAAGAAGUUUGACAAUUACAACCAAGCCAUGUCUUUUGUAGGCCAUUCAAAUAAUGCAUCGAAUCACGCAAGUUUAGGCCGCUCUGGAAGCCAUCAUGUUAGUAGACCUCAUAGCGCUCAGAAGCGAUUCCAUGGGAAAAAUCUGUCGCCAUCUCCCUAUUCGUCAUUAGCAUCAUCAUCAAUAUCUUCAUUGCGCUCUGCCAACAAGAACGCAUAUUAUUCGGUGAAGAGUAGCUUUCCAGAUGUUGAAAGCAAGAUCUUUGAUAACUGGAAAGACUGUCAAGACUAUGUUAAGCAUAAGAGGGGUGUAACAUUCAAGAAGUUUGAAGAUCAAUCAGCUGCAGAAGACUUCAUUAAUGGAGUUAGCGCAUGCGAUUAUACGCUUAUGAAUAUUCCCAGGGACGUUUUCGAAUCUAGAUAUAAACUUUCCAGCAAUAUCAUAUAUGAUAAAUCCAUGAACGUUUAUUGCGAUGGUUCAAGCUUCGGCAAUGGUACAUCAUCAUCGAGGGCAGGCUAUGGUGCAUAUUUUGAAGGAGCACCUGAGGAAAACAUUUCUGAACCCUUGAUGUCAGGAGCUCAAACUAAUAACAGGGCUGAAAUCGAGGCUGUUUCAGAGGCCUUGAAGAAAAUAUGGGAUAAUCUGACUAACGGAAAUGACAAAGUAAAAUACCAAAUCAAGACCGAUUCAGAGUACGUAGCUAAGUUAUUAAAUGAUAGAUACGUGACAUAUGAUGACAAAAAGCUCAAAGGGUUGCCUAAUUCCGAUCUGAUUAUUCCUUUAGUGGAGAGAUUUGUUAAAGUUAAGAAAUUCUAUGAAUUGAAUAAGGAAUGCCUCAAGAAUAAUGGCGAAUUUCAGAUUGAAUGGGUUAAAGGGCAUGAUGGUGAUCCAGGUAAUGAAAUGGCAGAUUUUCUGGCUAAGAGUGGGGCGUCAAGAAGAUAA